UGCUGGGGACACUCAAAAGGGAUCGCAGUUCCUGAGGUUCAAGACUCACCCAGUGUUCCUUGUACAGCCAUGGCCCAGCAGUUCUGGGUCUCCUGUCUUUUCACACUAUUUCUAGCUGCCUUGGCUCAGGAGUCUCUGGGUCCUCAAAAAGCAAAGGUGGACUGCAACAAGGGGGUGAAUGGCACCAUCUAUGAGUAUGGAGCCAAGACCCUGGAUGGCGGGGAGUAUGUUCAGUUCCAGCAGUAUGCAGGGAAGCAUGUCCUCUUUGUCAACGUGGCGUCCUUCUGCGGCCUGACGGCCACUUACCCUGAACUAAACAAACUGCAGGAGGAACUGGAGAGCUUCAAUGUCAUCGUUCUGGGCUUUCCUUGCAACCAGUUUGGAAAACAAGAACCUGGAAAAAACUCAGAGAUCCUCCUUGGACUCAAAUAUGUGCGUCCAGGUGGUGGCUAUGUCCCCAAUUUCCAGCUCUUUGAAAAGGGGGAUGUGAAUGGAGAAAAUGAGCAAAAGAUUUUUUCUUUCCUAAAGAACUCCUGUCCUCCCACCUCUGAACUUUUGGGCUCUACAGAAUAUCUCUUCUGGAAUCCCAUGAAGGUCCAUGACAUCCGCUGGAACUUCGAGAAGUUCCUGGUGGGGUCCGAUGGAGUGCCUGUCAUGCGCUGGUUCCACCAUACCCCUGUCAGCGCUGUUCAAUCCGACAUCAUGGAGUACCUAAACCAAACCCAGACCCACUAGGAUAUGCCUUACACAUAAUGCCUUUGUUCCACUCCUUCACCAGCCUCCGUAUGACCAAAGCCUGCAACACUGCCUAGGUCCCUACUAAUGCUUGUGUGGACAGCUCUGUAUGACUGUAUACAGAAGUGUAGUUCUGGUAGGCAUGCACAUGCAUUGAAAAUUAAGGAAAAGAAAAUCUAUUUACCGAGAUAUCAGGCUCUGCUAUAUCAAGUUUUCCUAAUCUAUUCCAAAAGGAAGUCAUAUUUUAGGGUUGAUGAUCCAGACAAUCCUAUACACCUAAAAAAGUAACUCCGCAAUGAUCCUAAUCUAUCACUCGCUGUCCCGGUGAGUUAAA